AUGGAUGGUCUAUCACGAGAUUUAUGUUGGCUUCUUGACAACUCUAAUGAUCAUAAUAUAUUGAUUUACGCUGGCGAAGUUCCAAAUACCACGGCUUUUAAAGCUCACACUAACAUUCUUAGAGCAAGAUCUUUAUAUUUUCGUGCUGUCUUUUCUAGUAAACAUUUAUCAUUUAAUUCUAAAAGAGAUACAAAAGGCUCGGCCAUGACUGAAUGGUAUCAACCAAAUAUUUCUCCAGAGAUAUUCCAAAUUAUGCUUAGCGGACAACUCGAUUUAGAUGGAAAAAAUGUAGAGAGAAUACUCGAAUAUCUCAAAGCUGCUGAUGUAUUAUGGCUCCAUCAACUUUUAGACUCCAUCCAAACACAUUUAAUCAAAAAUCAUUCGUUUUGGUUAAAAAAAAAUUUCGUUGAAGUAUUUCAACUUUUGCAUCAUCAUCCAACCACAUUUAAAAAACUACAUCAGUAUAGUCAAGUGAUUCUAUCAAUAGAUUCUAAAAGUCUUUUCGAUUCUCCUCACUUUUUAACUCUUACGGAAGAAAUGUUAAUUUCUCUGCUUCAAAAAGAUUAUUUACAAGUUGAAGAAUCAUUUCUUUGGUCUAAAGUCAUUGAAUGGGGAAUUGCUCAAAAUAAUCUUGAUCUUAAUGUGUCAAGUUGGGGUUCUACCGAUUUCUCUAAUUUACGGUUAACUUUAUCAAAAUUUAUUUCUCUUAUAAAAUUUGAAAAUAUGUCUUAUGAAGACUUUAAUGAAAAAGUUCAACCGUACAAACCAAUAUUUCCGAUUGAUUUUUAUGAAAAUAUUAAACAAUAUCACAUGAAUAUGUUUCAACAAAGUUUUUUGACCCCAUCUCGACCUUUCUCUUCUUCAUCACAACAAACUUCGAAUUCACUAAUUUCACCUCCAACACCAAGAACUCUAAAUUCAAUACCUUCAUCUCCAACAUCGAAAACUUUUAAUUCAAUACCUUCACCUCCAACACAAAAUAAUUUUAAUUCAAUACCUUCAUCUCCAACACUGAACACUCUAAAUACACUUCCAUCUCCAACAAAUCAAACAUCUUUCAGUUACCCAUCGGUCUAUUACAAUUCUUCAAUGGCACUACAAAGUAAUACCCCUUCCACUUACCAAAAUGAUAAUUCAACAGAAUCUAUAAAGCAAUUUUCAAUUCCAAAAUCUAAAAUAUCAUUAUUGUCAAGAAGUAAUUUAGCAUUAUUAUCUGGAUGGAUUGAUGGUUUAGAUUUAUCAUCACCUGAUGAUGCGUCUUAUGCUGUUGAUAAUGUUCCUUAUAAAUUUAAAUUAUUAAUUCGUGGUUCUCAACAUGGAUUUAAUGAUAAAAUAUUUCAUAAACGAUGUGAUAAUAAAGGUCCUACAAUAAUUGUUAUAAAAUUAAGAGGAGUUGAAGGAGUUACUAUUGGUGGUUAUAAUCCAUCAAAAUGGCAAUCUCCUUGGAUAAAAAAAUUUGAAAAAUGUCAUCAUAGUUUUAUAUUUUCUUUAA